UGCGUGCGAGUCCUCUCACCUUUUCUUUUCAGAUGCAGCAGAGCUUCGUGUUAGAGCUCAAACAUUCGUGUUUUUCUGCUGUACGACCGUGAGGCUGUGAAAUGGAUUAGUAACAGUUUGGAAGAAGUGUUGGGAUGAGUCAGGUUUAGUGACAAGAAAAAAAUAGCAUUUGAAUGAGGCAGCCUCCAGGCUGCCCUAGGAUGAGAGCGAGAGUGGUGACGAUCUGUGUUUGCCUUCUGUUACAGUUGCUAAACAACUGUAGAGCUAUGCAGAACAGCAGCUCUGAUUGAAAGCCAGAACAAAAUACUUUGCAAACAGAAUGUGGCUUCCCUUUUGCUCGAAAAGGUGAAAUCUUUCAGGCAGAAAUGGCCGACAAGGGCAUGAAGAUACUUCCAGGACAAAUGUACAUCGAAGUGGAGUAUGACUAUGAAUAUGUGGCCAAGGACAAGAAAAUUGUGAUUAAACAAGGGGAGAAAUACAUCUUGGUGAAAAAGACUAAUGAAGAUUGGUGGCAAGUCAAAAGGGAUGAGAAUUCCAAACCUUUUUACGUGCCAGCGCAGUACGUGAAGGAAAUCUCACGGAAAGCACUGAUGCCCCCUAUUAAGCAAGCAAGUAUGCUGCCAAACAGCACGUUGAAGGUGACCCAUGGAUUACAGAGAUCCACAGAAAAUGUGAAUAAGUUACCAGAGCUUUCUAGUUUUGGGAAGUCUUCUCCAGUUCAAGUGUCUUGCUUAGUUCGAGAUGCCAAUCAAAACCUGGGACCAAACAAUAGCCCCAGUCAAACUCUUGGUUUGAGUCUGGACCUUACCCAAAACAAUGGGAAACUUAACAACGAAUUGCAGUCUCCCAAGAUUUCCAGUCAGUAUAGAGCCCUCUCUGUGGGCCAUUUCCCAUGUCCAGAGUUCUUGGAAAUAGAGAAAACCAGCUUCUUGCAUGAACAAUCUUGUGAUUCAGCAGGAGAAGGCUCAGAAAAAAUCCAUCAGGACUCUGAGUCAGGGGAUGAACUCAGUAGUAGCUCUACAGAGCAAGUGCAGCCAACAACUCCACCAAGCCAAGGGAGGCCCGAUUCACCAGUUUAUGCUAAUUUACAAGAACUGAAAAUAUCUCAGUCUGCACUUCCUCCACUACCUACAAGUGCUCCGGUCCAAAUAAAUGGGGAAUGGGAAACCCAUAAAGAUACUACAGGACGCUAUUAUUACUACAACAGAGGAACGCAGGAGCGAACCUGGAAACCUCCACGCUGGGCCCGAGAUGCAAGCAUAAAUAAAGGGGAUUCCCAGAGCCAUGCAGAUCCUGAGCCUCUUUCAUCCGAAGAAAACGACCACAGUUCUUGUUACAGCCAGUCAGAUAGUCAGUAUGGUUCUCCUCCCAAGGGGUGGUCAGAAGAGUUGGAUGAACAUGGGCAAACCCUAUAUACCAAUGACUAUACUAAUGAAAAGUGGCUAAAACACGCAGAUGAGCAAGGUAGACCCUACUACUACAGUGCCGAUGGUUCCCGAUCGGAAUGGGAGUUACCUAAGUAUAAUGCUUCACCACAGCAGCAAAGAGAUAUAAUAAAGAGUAGGAGCCUGGACAGGAGGCUGCAGGAACCAAUAGUUUUAACAAAAUGGAGGCACAGCACAAUUGUGUUGGACACCAAUGACAAGGAUUUAUCAACUGCUUCUAAGGCGAAUUUUCCUGAAAAUGAAUCUUCUCCUUCUUCACCAAAGCAUCAAGCCACAGGUCAAGAGAAAUAUGGGUUAUUAAAUGUGACAAAAAUUACAGAAAAUGGGAAGAAAGUUCGAAAGAACUGGAUGUCUUCGUGGGCAGUAUUACAAGGCUCCUCACUGCUGUUCACCAAAACCCAAGGAAGUGGAACUGGCUGGUCCUUUGGCCAGUGGGGCUCCGUUCCCGAGCUCUGGCUCUCGCUGCUCUCUCCUUGGAAAGUUGCCCUCAGUCGGCGGCCUCCUCUCGCCUGCGUGUGCCCUGGCCAAGUGUCCACUGUCACUAAGUUUGGUGUCAAUCAGUCCAAGCCAGAAUUUACUGUGGAUCUCAAAGGGGCUUUGAUUGACUGGGCUUCAAAGGACAAAUCCAGCAAAAAGAAUGUUAUAGAGCUAAAAACCCGCCAAGGAACUGAGCUCUUGAUUCAGUCAGAUAACGACAGCUUUAUUAACGAAUGGUAUAAAGUUCUUAACUAUACCAUCAACAAUCAGGUAGUAGAGUCUGAUGAAGCACUAGAAGAUGAAGUACCAGAUUCCCCUGGAGUAGAGAAACAAGACAAGGAGAAAGAGAAUAAAGACUCUAAGAAGCUUCGUUCAGCGAAAGUACCUAGUAGUAUAGAUUCUACAGAACAAAAAAAGACCAAAACGAAGCUAAAGAAAUUCCUUACGCGGCGCCCUACGUUACAAGCUGUCCGUGAAAAAGGCUACAUUAAGGAUCAAGUUUUUGGUUCGAAUCUUACCAGCUUGUGUCAAAGAGAAAACAGCACGGUGCCAAAGUUUGUGAAGCUGUGCAUUGAGCACGUUGAAGAACACGGAUUAGAUGUCGAUGGCYUAUAUCGAGUUAGUGGCAAUCUUGCGGUGAUUCAGAAGCUGAGAUUUGCAGUCAAUCAUGAUGAGAAACUAGACCUCAAUGACAGCAAAUGGGAAGACAUACAUGUCAUUACAGGAGCUCUGAAGAUGUUUUUCAGGGAAUUGCCAGAGCCACUCUUCACUUACAAUCACUUCAAUGACUUUGUCAAUGCAAUUAAGCAAGAACCAAGACAGCGCGUCCAUGCAGUUAAAGAUUUAAUCAAACAGUUGCCAAAACCAAAUCAGGACACUAUGCAGGUACUCUUCAGACACCUGAAAAGAGUUGUAGAAAAUGGAGAAAAGAACCGAAUGACCUAUCAAAGUGUGGCAAUCGUUUUUGGUCCAACCUUGCUAAAACCAGAGAAGGAGACUGGUAACAUAGCAGUUCACACAGUAUACCAGAAUCAGAUUGUAGAAUUAAUCCUGCUGGAAUUGAAUUCCGUCUUCGGACGCUGACGCUGUUCCUAGAGUGGAAGCUGGAAGUGCCGGGUUGGCAGCCGCGUUCCUUCAGAAGUCAAAUCUCUCGCUGUACAUGAUGUACUGUGUUUGUGGACCAAGCAGCAACUUGAUUUUGCACUUUUGGGGAGGGGAGACAUGGGAGAAAUGUUUGAACAGUUAAAUGCAAAUUUAAGAGAACACUUUGGAUUUCUUUGAAAAAGUCAAUGUAAUAGUGAACUGAAAAGUUUAUAGUUUUGCCUUUGUAAAGUAACAUCUGAGAACUGCAAUAUAGGUUCAUACACUGGAUUUCUCGGGAGAGGAAAGCUAUUAAUCUCAAACUGGGUAGUCUGGAAUUUUAUUUAAAGUUUUUUCCACUUAAUAGGUAGAAGCCCUUUCAACUGGUUAUGAAAAAUAAUUCCGUGAAGUUGCAUCCUAAGCUUCUGUAUUACAAGCUGCACAGAUCUGUACAACACCUUUCCAUGGGGCUUCUGCAUGCAACGAAUGUCUUAAAGUUGUGCUAACAUUUUG